AUGCGCACGCGCGGCUACGGCACUGCCGGGCGGAAGUCGACGUGCGUGCGCCGCCGUCGCGUGACGCACUUCCUGCCCGUCUCGGUGAGGGGCGCGCGGGGUCAGGGGGCAGGGGGCAGGGGGCAGGGGCGGGGGUCAGGCCGGGACAGCGGGAGGGGGACGGCGGGAGGGGCCCAGGGCGGCGGGGACCAAGGGCUGGGGCCGGGGGUCGCGGGCCGGGGCGGUGCGGUGCCGUCGGGUCGGGGUCGGGGGGGUCCCGGGGUCGGGGUGGGGGUCGGGGGCUCCUGGCUGCUGCCCGCCCGGCCCAACCGGCGGCGGAGGCGCUGCGCUCGCGGGUCCCGGCUGCUGCUGCUCGCGCGGGUCUGGGGUCGCCGCGCACCUCCCCGGCCCCCGGCGCGCCGACCGCCCGGCCCCCCGGCCCCCGAUCCCCCGACCGCCCGGCGCCCCGACCCCCCGGCCCCCGAUCCCCCGGCCCCCCGGCCCCCCCGGCCCCCCGACCCCCCGACCCCCCGACCCCCCGGCGCCCCGACCGCCCGGCGCCCCGACCCCCCGACCGCCCGGCGCCCCGACCCCCAGACCCCCCCGACCGCCCGGCCCCCCGGCCCCCCGACCGCCCGGCGCCCCGAUCCCCCGGCGCCCCGACCCCCCGACCGCCCGGCCCCCCGACCGCCCGGCCCCCCGGCCCCCCGACCGCCCGGCCCCCCGACCCCCCGGCCCCCCGACCGCCCGGCGCCCCGAUCCCCCGGCGCCCCGGCCCCCCGGCGCCCAGAUCCCCCGGCGCCCCGACCCCCCGACCGCCCGGCCCCCCGACCGCCCGGCGCCCCGACCCCCCCGACCCCCCGACCGCCCGGCCCCCCGACCGCCCGGCCCCCCGACCCCCCGACCCCCCGGCCCCCCGGCCCCCCGACCCCCCGGCGCCCCGACCGCCCGGCCCCCCGACCGCCCGGCCCCCCGGCCCCCCGACCGCCCGGCGCCCCGAUCCCCCGGCGCCCCGGCCCCCCGACCGCCCGGCCCCCCGACCGCCCCGCCCCCCGACCCCCCGGCCCCCCGACCCCCCGGCCCCCCGACCCCCCGGCCCCCCGACCCCCCGGCCCCCCGACCGCCCGGCCCCCCGACCGCCCGGCCCCCCGACCCCCCGGCCCCCCGACCCCCCGGGCCCCCCGACCCCCCGGCCCCCCGACCGCCCGGCCCCCCGACCCCCCGACCCCCCGACCCCCCGGCGCCCCGACCCCCCGACCGCCCGGCCCCCCGACCGCCCGGCCCCCAGGCGCCCCGGCCCCCCGACCGCCCGGCCCCCCGGCCCCCCGACCCCCCGGCCCCCCGACCGCCCGGCGCCCCGAUCCCCCGGCGCCCCGGCCCCCCGACCGCCCGGCCCCCCGACCGCCCGGCCCCCCGGCCCCCCGGCCCCCCGACCCCCCGGCCCCCCGACCGCCCGGCCCCCCGACCCCCCGGCCCCCCGACCGCCCGGCCCCCCGGCGCCCCGACCCCCCGACCGCCCGGCCCCCCCGGCCCCCCGACCGCCCGGCCCCCCGGCCCCCAGGCGCCCCGGCCCCCCGACCCCCCGGCCCCCCGACCGCCCGGCCCCCCGACCCCCCGGCCCCCCGACCGCCCGGCCCCCCGGCCCCCCGGCGCCCCGGCCCCCAGAGCCCUGCUGCCCCUCUGUGA